AUGUCGCUGAAUCUUAGUGUAGGUGGGCAAGCCAAUAGAUUUGCCUUUAGGUAUGAAUUGCAGGACAUUGUGGAAGAUCUGUCCAGCAGGCAAUUGGAAAUAGGCUGGAAAUUCAGACUAGGAAUUUAUUCGUAUGAAGCGUCGCGCAGUCGGGAGGUCCGGGAAAGUUUCUUUGGAGGUCCGGCCCGGAGCGGCCAUAUCCCACGGCCCCAAACAGUCCGGGGCGGCAAGGCUCUGGGCCAGCUUGGUGGCUUCGUGGUGGCUGUCAAGCAAGACCGCGGCGAGGGUCCACGCGCCGGCGAGAAGGGGUCCCACAAGGAGGAGCCGGUGAAGAAACGCGGCUGGCCCAAGGGUAAGAAGUGGAAGAAUAUUCUGCCGAAUGGGCCCAAGGCACGAGUCACCGGCUACGUGCGCUUCCUGAACAAACGGCGCGGGCAGAUCCGCACGCGCCACCCAGACCUGCCCUUUCCCGAGAUCACCAAGAUGCUGGGCGUGGAGUGGAGCAAGCUGCAGCCAACAGAUAAGCAGCGGUACCUGGAUGAGGCGGAGAGAGAGAAGCAGCAGUACAUGAAGGAGCUGCGGGCAUACCAGCAGUCGGAAGCCUCCAAGAUGUGCACGGAGAAGAUGCAGGAGAAGAAGAUCAAGAAAGAAGACUCGGGCCCGGGGCUCAUGAACACCCUCCUGAACGGACACAAGGGUGGGGACUGCGACGGCUUUUCCACCUUCGAUGGUCCUAUCUUCACUGAAGAGUUCUUGGACCAAAACAAAGCCCGCGAGGCUGAGCUGCGGCGCUUGCGGAAGAUGAACGUGGCCUUCGAGAAGCAGAACGCGGUGCUGAAGAGGCACACGCAGAGCAUAAGCAGCGCGCGCGAGCGUCUGGAGCAGGAGCUGGCGCUGGAGGAGCGGCGGACGCUGGCGUUGCAGCAGCAGCUCCAGGCCGUGCGCCAGGCGCUCACCGCCAGCUUCGCCUCUGGCACCCUGAACUUCUACAUGGCCCGGCUGCACGGUGCCAUCGAGCGCGACCUCGCACAGCACGAGACGCUCAUCAUCCGCAUCAAGGAAAUCCUGGCCCAGGUAGCCUGUAAGGAGUGGGCGGGCCCAUGAUGCAAAGGAGAAGCUGUGGGCGCGGCCCUGCCCCACCCUGCCCCGUGGAUGAGAGGCUGAAGGUCCACCCUUUGGUGCGUGGUCCCAUCUUGCACCUUGGGGGCUCCAGCCCCCCUAAAAUUAAAUUUUUAAAAUUAAAUUAAAUGUGGCAUCCCUUUAGCUUUCAAUCACCCCAGUCCCCUGAACCCAGAAGAAACACUC